ACCGGAUUCACCCCUGCCAGUCAUGAUGUAGUUAGUUCUCAAGUCUUGCCGUCAUAACAAGCAAGGCCGCACUGUCUCUGUUGUGCUAAAAAACAGAAAGAAAGAAAAGAAAAGAAACACAGCAACUCCAUGCGGACCAAAGACACAGUCAACAGCUAUGGGGAGCAACAUUAGAGAAGCAGAACUCAAAAUCUCACCAACUGCUGAACGCAUCACGGAGCUCCUCGCAGCGAUUUCCAAGUUGCAGAAUCAUUACCAUGAAUUUUACCAAGGCCAGCUGGGUGUCCCCUCGUCUCUUCCAGGCGACUAUCCUCACGCUACAUCGACGAUCCUCGAUGCCCUUGCAGAUCUGUCAGUAUCACAGGGACGGCCCGAUUCAAUCGCGCUCGCACUCAGAAUAAAUCGAAACACGCAGUCCGUCGACAUUAUUGCCUCCAAAAACCAAGAUGUACCACCAGAUGCGGUCGUGCAUUUACAUCAGAUAUGGUAUUUCCUGAGACGGCUUUCGAAUCGCUACUGGACAAUCCACCCGCAUGGUACGGGAGAGACCAUAGGUGAUCGGGAAUUUCGAGAUGUCUCCCUUCAAUUUGCCGAUAACUGCGUCAAGUUCUCUUCUAAAAGGUUGAAAGAGAUCAUCAAUUCGAGGUUCUUGGACGUAAUCGACGUCUCAGCAGAUAUUCUGGACCCCGAUCACGCCUUCUAUGGCUUCCGAGACAGUAUCCGCGCAGUUCAACACAUGUUAUCUCGGGACGAAAAUACAUUUCAUGAUGAAGAUUGGAGAUUGCUUUUCUUCUGUCUUCGAGAAGUUGAAAAAGCAACAGACCGGCUGUACAAGUCAGAUGGGCUGCUACAAAACCACCGUAAGCUACGGUCAUUAGUGUAUACGGGAUGGCUGAGCAGGGUCACUUCUGUAUGGACAAGCUACGAUAACCUGAUGAAAGCCACUGUCUCGCCUGUGUUUCAUGAUUUAUUCAGUCUCGAGCUGAACAUCCACGCACUAUUACCAGAGACAGGGAAGCUGUCGAGUGUUGCUCAAAGCGCGAAGCAAUGGGAAGAUGUUCUGGAAGCGGCUUUGGCGUAUAACAAUGAGUACGGCGAUCCCAGAUAUACUCCGAGUGGCGUCCUAGAUCUGAAUAGGAUAGAAGCGGAUACUAUAUACAUGGCCCAAGAAGGAGUUCCACGAGAGAUCGUGGUCCACGCUGAGACAAAGCUGUUAGCAGCGAUAGAGAAGACCCAACAGGAGCAACCAGAAUUACCCAAAGCAUUCGCCUAUAUUAGUACCACAGAGUUUCCUUGUCAUGGAUGUGAUUGUUUUUCGAGGGCCUUCAAUAUAACCCACGGGACGUCCUGGAAGACCAAGCGAGGUUAUGGCGCUGCAUGUCCGUCAUGGAUGUUUCCUUCCGUGCUGUCAACGAGAGAUGAUGUUCUCAAGGCCACAUACAAUAUGAUCGCUACUGAUUGGGCUGCAUAUUACAGAGGAUAUCUUCCCAGGCCCGCGUCAUCAUAUUCCGACUCUCCGCCACAGCCACCACGUGGAGGGGAUGUUCUUGACUUCUAUGAGGAGGAGGCUGCAGAUAUUAUGGCGAAGAUGACAGAACUGAGAAGGGACAUGGAAAAUUAGGUAAAUCUUCACCAUGUACUAAGCGGCAAUGUCUCCGGGGGUGCAGGUUUUUAAUAUUGAGGACUUUCUGUUAAGGGUUUUUAAGGGUUUUCAAAGGUUACACAGGUGUGGUAGUUGAUAUGUCAGCUAGGGGUGGGUUAUCGCAGAGCAGAAACCAAU